GAAAAGGUUGCGAGAGAAGAAGAAGCUACAUCGUCUUCGCAGUUGGAACGCAGGAUCCGAGAGUAUAAACCGAGCACCUGUCCGCGUCUCCCCACUUGGGAACUGCGCCGGUGAUUCCUCCUCCGAUGGAUGCUUCGGCGUUCAGCAAAGGUGUUGACAGAGAAGGCGACGUCGUCAGCGAGAGAGGAAGGGUGGGCAGGGCAACCUCGCUGCCGGAGCACGCCAGGUCCCCAAAGAACAAGCGCUCCAUUCUGCACAGCCGCUUCCACAUCAAGCUAAUCGCCACCUACCUGACGCCCAUACUGCUGCUGCCGCUCUUCGUCUUCCACAAUACCCCGAAGACGCGCUGCGCCUACGUGAUGGUGUUGGUGUUCAUCAACUGGGUGACGAGGACCCUGCCGCUAGGCGUCACGGCUCUCAUGCCCCUGCUCUACCUUCCCGCGCUGCGCAUAAUCAGCUACGACCAAGUCGUCGGCAUGUACAUGAACAACACAGUUCUCCUGACGUUGGCGGCCAUCAUGAUGUCGAUCGCGAUCGAGACGACCAACCUACACACGCGCAUCGCGCUCUGGGUGCUGCUGCGGUGCGGCCAGUCGUUGCGCAAUAUCAUGGCCGGCUACACCGUGGCCACGUUCCUCAUCACGCUGCUACUCAAAAACAGCGCCACGCUGGACAUCAUGGUGCCCGUCGUGGACGCCACGGUGCACGAGAUACACUACAUCUACAUGAAGGACAUGUACACGCAGCGCGUCGGAAAAGACGCCAAGAGGAGGCCGUCCAUCCCCUACAUUGCCAGUGCUCUCAACUUGGACGAUAUUCAGAUGCGGCGUAUAACAACGAGGUUCAUAAAAAUCCGCAAGGUGCUCCUGAUCACGGUCGCUUACACGGCUAGCCUCGGCUCCGUGGGCACUCUCAGCGGCACCAUCACAAACUACGUCACCAAAAUGAUCGUCACGUCGCGAUUCCCCAAGGUAGACUCGGUCACGUUCCUGUCCUGGAUGACCGCUUUCCUCCCGGUUGCCUUCUUCGAAGUUUUCAUGGCGUUCAUCGUGUUGUACUUCAUGCACAUGCGACGACUCGCGACAGACUUCCGCAAGGGAGCGAUUCAUGACGCCUUCCUGGUAAAGUACAGGAGCCUUGGCAAUGUCACCGCCGCGGAGAAGGUCGUCAUGGUCGUGCUGGCCGUGGUGUUCUUCCUCUGGUCGACCAGGAAGGCCGUCUUCUUCAAGGGCUGGGAGAAAUGGUCGCAUAUGAGCGCGGUGGACGACACGUCGGUGGCAUUCAUGGCGGUGGCGGUGCUGUUCGCGGUGCCCAUGUCCUGCGACAACCUGGAGAAGCGCAUCCUCUCGUGGAGCGUGGUUAAGCACAAGAUGGCCUGGGGCAUGCUGCUCACCUUCGGCGGCGGGCUCGCCCUCGGUGUAGCCAGCGAGGUCACGCAGCUCUCUUCCGAGUUCGUGGUUCUGAUCGAGAGUCUGAACAUCCGGACACCGCUACAAAUGCAGGUUCUCAUCUCCCUUAGCGCCGCCUUGCUCACCGAGUUCACACCCAACGACGCAGCCGCGACCAUGCUGCUGCCCGUCGUCAUUUCCUUGGCCUGCAAACUCAAGUUGAACCCGUUGUACCUGGUGUUCCCGGUGUGCCUGUCGGUGACGCAGGCGUGCAUCUUUCCGGCUUCCUCCUCGGUCAUCGCCAUCAUCUGCGACGAGGGACACGUGAACACUAAGGACUUGCUGAUACCGGGCAUCAUCGUCAAGUUCUGCUGCCAGAUCGUGAACCUUGCCUUGAUCAACACGCUGGGCGAAUACAUCUUCAACCUGAACUCGUUUCCUGCGUGGGCGUACGCCUGCUUCAGCAGUGCGCCCGCCAUCGACGCCACCCCUUACUGAUGGGCGCACAAGUGCUAAACCGUUCAGUGGCAAGAAACAAUCGGUGCAUCACUUGUGCAGUCUUUCGUCAGGUUGUCUGCGACAUCUUCCUCGCAGCCGUCGCUGAAACUUUGCUUUUUGUUUUCUCGCUCUGCACGAGACGACGUCUCGCAGUUUGCUAACGCGAAACGGGCUCCUAUGACGCACAAAAUCUCCAAUAAAUUGAACGCGCG